AUGGCUGUAGGUGGAACUGCGCCCCCAAGAGGAAGUGCAGCAGCUGCUGCAAGCAUGCGUAGGAGGAGGACAACAAGUGGUGGAGCUUCCGGAGGAGCAGCUGGGACUAUGCUUCAGUUUUACACUGAUGAUGCUCCUGGACUCAAGAUCUCUCCAAAUGUUGUACUUGUUAUGAGCAUUGGUUUCAUUGCUUUUGUUGCUAUUCUCCACGUCGUCGGCAAGCUUUACCUUGUCCGUAGAGAGGCUUAA